ACCAUCCUCGCCCCCCUUAGUCAUGUACGUGUUACGCGCCAUCUCCUCUGCUGGCCGCCCCCUAUCCCCUCCUCUUUUCCUUUUCGUGGGCGCCGCCGCCAACCUUCCCAGGUAGAGGGAGAGAGGAAGAGAAAGAAAAAAAAAGAGAGGAAGAGAAAGAAAAAAAAAAAAAAGGAAGAGAAAGAGGGGAAUGGCGGAACUGUUCAUCAAGCAGGCGGCUUCGUAUGCAGCGACCCGCCCUGGGUACCCGCCGGAGCUCUUCCGAUUCAUCGCUUCCAAGACCCCCCAUCACGACCUAGCGUGGGACGUCGGGACCGGCAAUGGUCAAGCCGCCGUGCCGCUUGCUAGCUUCUACAAGGAUGUAGUGGCCACAGACACCAGCCCUACUCAGUUGGCCCAUGCACAGAGGCUUCCCAACAUAAGGUAUCAGCAAACCCCAGAAUCAGUGACCCUAGAUGAGCUCACGCGCUUGGUUGCACCCAUGUGUAGUGUUGAUCUUGUGACUGUGGCCCAAGCCAUGCACUGGUUCGACCUCCCCACCUUCUACCAACAAGUCAAGCAUGUCCUCAAGCGCCCUGGAGGUGUGCUUGCUGCCUGGUGCUAUACUGAACCCUGUGUGAGUGACACUGUGGAUGCUGUGUUCUGGCGCUUGUACAAGAAUUCUGCACCUUACUGGGCUCCGGCACGCAAAAUAGUUGACGACGAGUAUCGGAGCAUAGAAUUCCCGUUCGAGGUAGUGGAUGGGGAGGAGCACACUGGACCAUUUACAUUCAAGGCAACAAAACAUAUGGAUUUAGAAACGUACCUGGCAUACAUACGGUCAUGGUCUUCAUACCAGACUGCGCAUGAGCAAGGGAUUGAGCUCCUGCCUGAAGAGGUGGUCAAGGAUUUUGAGAGCGCAUGGGGAGGCAAUGAGGUGAAACCUGUCCAGUAUCCUGUACAUUUGCGCAUUGGGAGGGUUAUGUAGGUUGGAGUUGCUCUAGUUAUUCUACCUUAGUUCCUGGGUAAGCUCUCCCUUGAACGCAGCAAUGUAGAAAGGUGGGUUGGAAGUUCCCUGCUCUUCUACUGGGUCAGAGCACUGGAACUCUUGAAGAAUGGCUUCAAUAUGGUUUUUAUUAGCAUGGAUUCUGUCCGUCUGUAGCUGUUUAAUUUUGAUUGGUGUAACAGCAUUUAGCUGUAUAUGUAUAAAGACCUUCUUACCUUAUUUAGUUGAAGGGAAGUGGUUGUUCGUAUUUUAUCA